AGUCUUGACCCUGUCAAUCAGGCCUUAAUCGCAAUCCUUUCGGCGAAGCCCGACAGCAGAACGUGGGGGCUGUGAUGGCAUCGUCCCUUGACUGGUGGAAGGAGCCAAUCAUACCAAGAGCUUCCUACUCCGAUAUCCCGCGCAAUGACACUAUUUAGCAAGGCUGAGUGAACACCAAUGUGCAGAUGGGCUUGUGUGAGGAAGCAACCACCGUCUGUGUUGCACGCUACCAUAUAUGACAGUGACCUGCCAUCAUGUUUCUCGCACAUUCUGACAUACCCAAUUCUCGUCACCUUGUACCCAUUUUGCUUCCCCUGUAUAGCCCUCUUCGGAUAGAGGGAGCUCGAAAUCGCUUGGAUUACAUAGGACUACUUACCACUUAGCUUCAUAUAUUUUCAUUCAUCCUCGAAUGGCCUGGCACAACUCAGCAUACCAACACGAGUUCACCAAAGAAAGUCGUAAUCAAGACUUUGAACUCUUUCCAUCGACUACUCAAACCAUCGAUCAUCAUCAUGCCAACGCAACCUCGUCAGUAACAACCUCAGCCUUUGAGCAUGGCUCUGAGAACAUGACUCCGCCUAUCAAGGGUGAAGAAGCGUGGCUGGCUUGGUGCCAUGCGACUACCGCUCAGGAUAUGCACACCAUACCCGUCAUGAAGGCCAGGACGAAGCCUUCGAUCAGCGAUAGUGGUUAUGGCUCCGUGGACUAUACCGACGCUCAGAGUGUCGAAGCCCUACAGAAAGUGCCAAUGGAGCCCCUCAACAGCGAGCAUGACCAGGCACCACAAUUUUGCCUGGUUUGCUACGAGGAGGCCGAAAAGUAUCGUUACUUCAGUAACAACGCAGACAGGAGGAAGCAUAUGCUAACCCACACUCGACCAUUUAAAUGCGAUGUAUCGGGUUGCGACAAUCAUAACGGCUUCGCUUCUCCCCACGAUCUGGCACGGCACAAGAAGACAUGUCACAGCGUCUUGACCGUGAAGACCUCCAAGUUCUAUUAUCGUUGUGCCGCUCCAUCUUGUCAAAGGAAGGACAAGAUCUGGCCAAGGAAGGACAACUUCAAAGCUCAUCUAGAAGGUACACAUAAGUACAAUGAAAGUGAGGUUGCUGGGCUCCUGGUCAGAAUGUACACCUGACUCUUCGCAAUUGCCCACCAGUCUUGUCAGUCGGCAGAAGAGCAAGAGCAAAAAGCCGAAGAACAAACCUUGCGUUCGCAAUAAAUCAUCGCCAGAACUCGAGAGCUCUAUCGGUUCGGAGAGCUCGGCUGAGGA